GUGAUAAUAUAUGAUUUUAGAAGGGCGUUUAAUGCUUUACUGCCUUUGAAGACGUUUGAUAAUAUUUUACUACAGACAAUCGAUUCAGUAAUUCGAUAUAUCAUUUCAUUGAUGAAUUAAUUCUAAAGAAUUUAGGCGGUGGGUACAUAACGAAAGCUGAGUCGUUAGCAGUAACGAAAGCUGAGUCGUUAGCAGACAAGCUGCGAAGUUGAAAACUGGUCGCUGUUGAUGAAGAACCUUUUAUAUGAGGAAAAAGCUGUUAGCUGUUGUGAAAGUGCCUAAUAGCUGUUGAACAGGACCCAGUUGCCAUUGAGUAAAACCCAGAUCUCCAUUGCUCAAGGACCUGGUUGCAAUUGAGUAGAGCUUGGUCGUCGAGGAAGACCCUGAUCGAGAAGAAACACUGCUGGCCAUACGAUGACUGAGCCACCGAAAGAAGAUGCUUGUGAACAAGAAGGAGUGAAGGAGCCAGAGGCUGAGACCAGCAUGACGUCACCUCGUCCACGAUUAUCACAACAUUCGCUUAGUCUUUCUGGUGCGAGUGAACUGGCAGAUUUAAUUGCAAAAGCAAGGUCUGAUUUUAGCCAAUCACUGAGAGAGGAUAUGAAACGCUUUGACAGUCCGCGCAGCAGCAGCGAGAAGUCACGAAGGCUUGUGGACCUGAACGAAAACUCCAUAUACAUUGACAAAAUGGAAGGAGAAGGCAGUCCUCGACUGAGUAGAGCCAAUAUGAGACUUAGUCUUUCUAGGACAUCAAGCUCUGGUCUGGAUUCCCCUAAUAUUCCUCAACGCCUCUCUCCAGAUGAGCUUAAGAUCGACAUUGGUGGUUUAUCGCCGAGGCCCGCCGAUUCACCACCUAUCAGACCAACUUCGCCGAGGCUUUCUGAAAUUAAUGCCAUAAUCAAUGGAUCUCACGUUUCAUCGAGAAUCGAAGACGCAUCAAAAGCUGCAGAAAAAGAGGAGGAUGCAGCUCUUGUGGUUAAAAGCUCAUUAGACGAAGCAACUAUCAAUGCAAUUCUCCAACAACGGCUGAAAGGACAAGACAACGAAAUUUUGGUUCUAAAAACAGCCCUAUCCAAUGUUGUCAGAAGACUUGAGUCGCUAGAAACCGAACGCAAGCAGAGGAGUGCAUCUUUUCCAAAUGGAGCCAAACCAACGCCACACUCGCCUUUGCCUGCCGCUGCUAUUCUGCCAUCACAGCCGAAAAACCCAAUGAAAGGGCGAAAAAACUCUUUUGAUGAAGAAAAGGAGGCAUACCAGCAAGAGAAACCAGUCCAUGUUAAGAAACCUCUCGUCCGCAGAGCCACAGAUUCUCCCCGAAGAUCGACCCCAACGCCAGCGCAUAGUUCCCAAGGUCCAGCCAUUUCUGGUUUAAACGAACGAAGAAGAAGUAUCUCGAAGAAGCAUGAAAGCCUUAGAAGAACUGGCUCACUUAGUGCCCUUUCCAAUGGUGGUGAUAGUUCUCCAAAAGACGAGAUCGUGAAAUUCUACAUACGUGGAAGAGCCGUUAGUACUUACCCUCCAUCAAAUUUUGUUGAAACAAAGAGGAAUGGGCAAGCGCCUACUGCUGAAAUGAAGUUGGAAUGGGUAUAUGGAUACAGAGGACGCGACUGUCGCAACAACCUCUUUGUCCUCCCCAGUGGUGAAAUAGUCUAUCACAUCGCAGCUGUAAUUAUUUUGUUGGAUCGAUCAACCGGAGAGCAAAGACAUUAUCUAGGUCAUACCGAUGAUGUUAAGUGUAUUGCUUUACACCCUGACAAAGUAAUCAUUGCCAGCGGACAGGUUGCUGGACACAGCAAAGAGGAUGGAAAGCCUCACGUCCGAAUAUGGGAUUCGAAUACUUUGGAGACCCUUCAAGUAAUUGGCAUGGGUUAUUUCGAGCGAGCACUGAGCUGCUUGACGUUUUCCAUCAAGGACGGUGGAAAACUCCUUGCAGCAGUUGAUGAAGCUAAUGAACACAUUAUGUCUCUCUGGGAUUGGGCAAAGAAUUCUCGUUUCUCUGAUAACAAGGGAUCCAAUGAAGCUGUUCUUGGGGUUGUGUUUCAUCCAAGCAACAACAGCACGAUUGUCUCUUAUGGUCGGUCUCACAUUGCAUUUUGGACAGUUACUGAUGAUAUGAAGCUGACUAAGAAGAUGGGCAUUUUUGAGAAAUACGGAAAACCGAAAUUUGUCCUGUGUGCUGCUUUCACAGAGAGCGGAGACUUGUUAAGUGGUGACUCAAACGGAAAUGUUUUCGUAUGGGGGCAAGGAUCAAACAGAAUAUCAAAAGCUGUGAAAGAGGCCCAUUCUGGUGGAAUAUUCUCUAUCUGUUGUAUGAGUGAUGGAAAAAUUCUAACCGGAGGAGGAAAGGACAAGAGAAUUCUCGAGUGGGAUCAGUGUUACAAAAAGACUGGUCGAGAGAUUGAUAUUCCAGAAAAUGCUGGGCAAGUAAGAGCAAUAACUGAAGGACCAAUGUCAGAUGACGACGCAUUAGAAAUCAUUGUUGGCACGACGAAGAACUGCAUUCUUGAUGGAACAAUAUCUUCCGGACUCGGAUUUGUUAUACAGGGUCAUGUUGAUGAACUUUGGGGUCUUGCUACUCAUCCAACGAAAGAAAUGUUCGUAACCUGUGGGACAGAUGAACUUGUUUUUCUGUGGGAUGCCGAUGGGCACGAUGUUAUAUGGUCGAAGCAACUCAAGGAGCCUGCACAGUCUGCCGCGUUUCAUCCAUUUGCACCAGUCUUGGCCGUUGGAAUGAAAUCUGGAAGGUGGCUUGUCAUUGAUUCAGAUACAUCUGAAGACAUAACGUCAUUCCAAGAUGGUCCAGAACAACACGAUGCAAUAAAAUACUCCCCUGAUGGCAAGUACCUGGCAGUUGGGUCUCACGAUAACUUCAUCUACUUGUACAAUGUUUCUGACGAUGGAAGAACAUACAAAAAAUGCGGCAAACUUAGUGGUCACUCGAGUUUUGUCACGCAUUUGGACUGGUCAAAAGAUAGUCAGCAUAUUCAGAGCAACUCUGGAGACUAUGAAAUUCUUUACUGGCACGCUCCUACAUGCAGACAGAUUGUGGCUGCUGCAUCGAUGAAGGACGAAGAAUGGGAAACGUGGACAUGUGUGCUUGGUUUUCCAGUAAUUGGGAUCUGGCCGGAGGGCGCUGAUGGUACGGACAUAAACGCUUGCUGUCGGUCCAACAACCAGGAAUACGUUGUGACGGGUGACGAUUUCGGACAAGUGAAUUUCUUCAAUUUUCCAUCGACCAAACCAAAGGCUGACAGUCAGCGUUGCGUUGGUCAUAGUUCCCACGUCACUUGUGUCAGAUUCAUGUAUGAUGACAACAGAAUGAUUUCCGUUGGAGGCAAGGAUUCUGCAGUGAUGCAAUGGAGAAUAUCUUAAGUAAGCCAUCUUUUUGCCACCAAGUGAACUAACUUUCUAGUACUUAGAAAUUAGCCUAAUUUCUUUUGUUAAUAAUUACUUUAAUAAGAUUCUAUUGUAUACUACAGUCAGGCAUUUUUUCGAAAGGAGAGACGGCAUGUCCCCGUAUUGAUCACUGUCUCUAUAUGACAACAUGUUUUGUCGUCCUGACAUUGAGAUGGAAUGCCGCUGAAUGCCGUAUACUCGUAAGGUCAAUUUCAUAACAUUAAUAGACACCAUUUCAAACAAGUUGAACCUUUUCAUUGUUCUUGUAUAUUCCAUUCCGUAUUCCCUUUGAGUAUCUUUUAGUUCAUUACUUUUGAAGUACGUGCAUGAUAAUAAAUCCUCCCAGAGUGAAAACAACUCUACUGAAUCAAAUAUCAUAAGCACUUUUAGUAAGAAAGAAAUUACUAGUAAAUCUGCCUGGCUGCUUGAAUGCAUUAACACGCAAGUAUUUAAAGUUUCACUGUUUGAUUUAGGAUAAAUAAUAGCGUUUAUUCAGUAGGCUAAUACCUAGCAUACUCUAGAGAUGGACUGUGUAUAUUUUCUGGGAUUAUCCCAGAAAAUACUUAAUUGUAUCGUAGCCGUUUUUCCAACAGUAAAAAAUAUGAAAAUAUCACGAAAAACAUGAGAAUAUCACAUGGUAAUUCUUUUAAAAACAAGGAACAUUGCUUUAUUCAAUUCUUGAAGGAAAUAGUUUAGCUUAAAAAUGUUAUUUCAUAUUUGAUAGAAAAUAUUUAGAUGUCAGGAAGAAAGUUGAUAUCAUUCAAAAAACACUA